UGGGGAUCUCGUGGGGGGUAGCAAAUGCCUCAAGCACACAUGGUAGAAAAACCUCUAGAGCCAUCUGGAGUUGGAGGUCUCAAUGAUGAAGAAAUUCUUAAGCUAAAAACUCUACUGGAUCACUCAAGAAAUAUGCUGGCCCAUCUAAUGCAUCUUGUUCCUUUGGCACUUUCAGGUGCAACAAAUCAAUUGACUCCUACAUCACAAUUUUUGCAUUCCUGUAAUCCUUGUCUGAGUAAUAGGAAAAUUAUGGUAGCAAAUGGGUCUGUAGCUACUAUUGCAGGUGUUGGAGACAUACGUGUUACCUCUACAAUUAUUCUGAAAAAUGUUCUCCAUGUGCCAAAAUUAUCAGCCAAUCAGGUUUCUAUUAAAAAACUUACUAAGGAUCUCAAUUGUUAUGCUACGUUCUCUCUUUCCUAUUUCUUGGAGCAGGAAUCGGGGAAGAAGAUUGGACUGAGGAGAGAAAUGGCCUUUACCACAUCAAAGCUGAAGACUACAAGAAGAAAAAUAUACCUUCAUCUUUUCUUAGUUCCUCAAAUAAGGAUGUUGUUUGGCUGCAUCAUCGCCGCUCAGGCCAUCCGUCAUUUAAUGUACUGAAAUUGAUGUUUCCUCAAUUAUUUCAAGGAUUAGAUGUAACUGAAUUACAUUGUGAUGUAUAUGAGUUGGCUAAUCACACACAUGUACCUUUUCUUUCCAGCAAUAAAAGAAGUGUUCUUUCUUUUGA